AUGUCCUCGUGGAUCUCGAAAACCACAGCAUCUCAUAAUGCGCAAUUGGUCACCACCGCAGUUGUCUCUGGCGCGGUGGUCGCAAGCGCAAUCCUUGGAUACCAGAAGGUGAGACGCACGUACAGGGUGGCCGAUCUGAAGGCAUCUAUACCUGAUAUUGGAGAGAAGCAUCACGCGACCAGAUUGACUGAGUAUGGAGCGGCCUCAGGGGCGUUUGCUCCGACCACAGAGGACAAGCGAAGCGUGGCCCUUGCGGCCAAAGCGAGAAAGGGUGACUAUGAUGAGGAUCUCAUCCUUGAACAACUCGCCCGCAAUCGAGUCUUCCUCACCGAUGGCGGCCUGGAGACUCUCCGUGCAGCUUUCGUUGUUGUUGUCGGAUGUGGCGGUGUAGGAUCACAUGCUGCGGCGGCCCUCGCUCGCUCAGGAGUGUCUACCAUUCGGCUCAUUGAUUUCGAUCAGGUAACCCUUUCUUCUCUGAAUCGGCAUGCCGUUGCGACUUUGGCGGAUGUAGGAGCACCCAAGGUUCACUGCAUUCGGAGACGACUAGAGCAAGUGACCCCUUGGACGCACUUCGACUGUCGAAAUGAGCUGUUCAGCGAGGCCAACGCAGAUCAUCAACUGGGUCCAAUUGAUGGUCUUCCUCCUGACUUUGUCAUUGAUGCAAUCGACAACAUCGAUAGUAAGGUGGCCCUACUAAACUACUGCUAUAAGAACAACCUCCCAGUUAUCUCUUCAAUGGGCGCUGGCUGCAAAUCGGACCCCACCAAGAUCUUCAUUGGCGACAUUUCUGCCAGCACCGAUGACCCACUCUCAAAGGCCACGAGGAGGAGGUUGCGAGCGCUUGGGGUCAAGGACGGAAUCCCAGUAGUAUUCUCGACCGAGAAACCAGGGCCAGGGAAGGCGCAAUUACUACCAUUACCUGAGGAGGAGUUCCAGAAAGGCAGUGUCGGCGAUUUGGGAGUUCUCCCAGAUUUCCGAGUGAGGAUCCUACCAGUCCUUGGAACUAUGCCCGCCAUCUUUGGACUUGCUGUCGCAAAUCACGUUAUACUAGAAAUUGCUGGAUACCCGCACGAAUAUCUUCCAUCAAAGUCAAGAGAUAAAAUGUACGACGGUAUCCUCGGCGCGCUGCAGGGAGCUGAAGAAAGGCUUGCCAAACACGCGGGAUAUGAAUCGCAAGGCUUGAGGAUACCAAUCACCCAAGACGACGUUGGAUAUCUAAUCGAGGAGGUAUUCCAUGGACGCAGCAUCAUCAGCGGCUUAUCCACCCGGCUAUGCUUGAUCCGAUGGUUCAAGGCUCCUAAGGACUUCAUUGACAAGCGAACCCCUGGGCAGAAAAACUCCUUGCUCCGGAUGACGGACUUAGUGUGUAUGACCAAAGAAGAGGCGGCAAAGCACGAGAAGAAGAUACUGACAGGGUCGAAGAGGCACGAUGAUCUGUAUGAAAAGAAGAUAUUGGAGGCUGUGAAAAACAAGAUCAAGGAAGAAGAAAUAUUUGCAAGGUUCAGAUCCUUGUGAGUAUCUACACUCAACCAAAGCAAAUAAUAGAAGGGC